GCUCUGUAUUUCCAUGUGCUCCAUCUCCUCCUGCCUACGCAGGCAGCUGAUUAUAUUACUGCCCAACUUGAUCAUUAAUCAAGGUGCAUAGCGCGGUGCCAUCUCCAUAUAAAAGUACACAAGCAUAGCUAUGAAAUCAGAGAGGCAAGGAGAAGAGAUGAAGCACCACCACCACCACCAUGACAGAAAUCUUCUUCAAUAUUCACCUUCUGACUACCCCUCUCUUGCCUGCGACCACCGGUCGGCGAUGAAGGAGAUUGCUAGGGAGCAGUCUCUGGUGACGCAGCUGCGAGCCAUCGUCCUGCCGGCGCUGCAGGUGGAUGAACGCUCCCAGCUUGUCGCCCAGAUGUUCCAGGGCAUACUGGAUUGCUCCAGCAAGGCCAUAGCUCAGCUGCAGCUUCAUCGGUCAGAUGCUCCUCGAGUUGAUGUACUAGUUGAUGACAAGAAGAGAGUGAAGACGAUUUCUGAUGACUGCAUCAGCAAGGAGGAGAUUGAUAAGCCCCAUCAUCAGCACAAGAGAAGGAGAUAUGCUGACUCGGUGUCACUUGAAACGCCUGUUCCGCACUAUGAUGGCCACCAAUGGAGGAAAUAUGGACAGAAGCACAUCAAUAAAGCAAAACACCCAAGGAGCUACUACAGAUGCACCUACAGACAGGAACAAGACUGCAAAGCAACAAAGACGGUGCAACAGCACGAUGACAGCGCUGGUGUUGAUCAUGCCGUGAUGUACACGGUCGUCUACCACGGCCAGCAUACCUGCAACGGAAAUAAUGGUGAUGAUUCAGCCACUGACGACGCCGAAACAAACACCCAGAGCAGCAGUGCUCUUGUACACAGCGACAGUCAGUGCAGCGUCUCAGUGACUUGUUCAUCAGAUCCCAAUGAACAUCAGAUGCCGCUAGAUGAUAGUAAUAAGCUGCUCGACAAAUCUGCAGACUUGAUCACGAACACCAUGUAUGAGCCAUUUGAGAUGACUGAGUUUGCACCAUUCGAUUCGGACAGUUGGGAGUUGGAUGCGCUCCUAAGAUUUGGAGUCUGAUAAUUAAGAUAUGAGCGAACGAGCUAGUGAUCAAUUGAUAUGAUAACGAAGCUAAUAAGCUAUAUCUCAUCAGAAGCUUGAACCUAGUUAUCUAGGGGCGAAAAAUAUCAU